AAACCCAGUUCUGUACAAAUAAUGAAAUUGAAGCAGUAUUAGAGCAUCCAAAUAAAGUAUUUAAAGUGUGAAUCAUGGUAAAAACAAAACGAGAAUACAUUUUCGCGACGUGUUUCUUCUCGGGCGCCGCCGCAAUCAUUUCAUUCGUAUCUCUAGGAACUCAAGAAUGGAUAACAUCGCCAGCAGUUGUGUCCUCUUCUGCUUCCGCAGCUGGUUUACAGUCAGAAAACGAAAAUGAUUAUCUCAAAUUCGGAUUGUUCAGUGGGACUUUCACUCAAUCGACCGCUCAACCAGCAGUUUACGAACUGACAACUGUGUGUUUGUUUGAUUUGAAUAUUUGCGCCCUGCUGUGUGGUAGUAAUAUGGAAAACAGUUUAGAGAGACUGUAUAAAGGAGAAACCAACAUAACAGCUUUAGAUUGUCCAAGAAUUGCAACAACCACUGAUAAGCUUUACAGCAGGAUACCUGACACUUUUAAACUGUUUGUGUUUCAAUCGAGUGACAAAGACAGAACAUUUAUCAAUGCUGGAGUCUGGUUGUGUACCAUUAUCUUUCUGAUAAUAUCCGGAAUGGCGGGAAUUGUUUCGGCCGUUUUGGCUUUGUGGAACAUAGUUUCAAACCCGUAUCAGAAUUAUUUGAGUAUUUUUGGACUGUACAUUUACAAUGCUGUUGCAUUUUUCAGUGUGUUAAUAUCGAUUGUGCUUUGGGGUGCAAUGUUUUCUCAGAGUUUGCAAGCAAAUAAUUUACCAACAGCUAAAACGUUCACUGAUGUGUUUACAACAGAAGAGCUUUCCAGUUUGGGAUAUUCUUAUUGGAUAAAUUUGGCUUCUUUAGCGUGUUACAUUAUAAGUAUGAGUUUGUUGUAUGUUCGAAAUUGGCUAAUUUCCAAAGAACCGGCCGUAAAUGUGCAUAUAGAAGAAAAUGCAGACCCAGUCAUUAUGUUAUAUUAAUUAACGAUAAUGUCUUGAACACCAAUUAUUUAUUUAUAAAAAUGUACAAUUGUUGUAGAUAACAAAAAUAUUUGAUGAGUGCCAUUUUUUAAAUAAAUCCAACCAAA